UCACGAACAUGCGAAGAUAUUGAGGAAUAGUUAGCGACCAAGUCCACUAAAGAGGAAACCACGACGCGUGUCACGGACGAGAUACAACAAUUAUUAAGCACGGCUUCAACAAAAGAAAUAACUUUGACAGAGAAGUUUCGGUCUAUGGGGGGGUCACAGGUUCGAGAGUUUUGUCCGCACGCAACGAGAGAAGAAUGCUUGAAACACAACAAGUUGUAUAUUGAUUGUCAGAAACUACAUUUCAGGAAAAUACUUAAAUCUCACACAGAUGAAACGUUGGGCGAUUGUUCGUUCCUUAACACUUGCUUUCACAUGGAUACGUGCAAGUACGUCCACUAUGAGAUAGAUUACCGCGGAACCGACCUCGACCCAAGGCGAAAGUUAAAGAAAGAAGUUUCACUUCCAAAGUUUAAUGAGGAUUAUCUUUCGCGGAAAAUGUUGCCACCCCAGUGGAUUAAUUGUGAUAUAAGAUACCUUGAUGUUUCUGUGUUGGGAAAGUUUUCCGUCAUAAUGGCCGACCCCCCAUGGGAUAUACACAUGGAGUUACCCUACGGAACCAUGCAGGAUACGGAGAUGAGAGCUUUAAGGAUCCAAGAUUUAUCAGAUGAUGGGUUAAUGUUUUUGUGGGUUACCGGGAGGGCCAUGGAGUUGGGACGAGAAUUGUUUGAUUGUUGGGGGUACAAAAGAUGCGACGAGUUGAUUUGGGUCAAGACGAACCAACUUCAACGUUUGAUACGAACGGGGAGAACGGGACACUGGAUCAAUCAUGGGAAGGAACAUUGUUUGGUGGGAAUUAAAGGAAACCCGAUCGGGAUAAAUCGAAGAUUAGAUUGUGAUGUAUUGGUAGCAGAGGUUCGCGACACAAGCCACAAACCAGAUGAAAUUUAUGGAUUGAUUGAGAGACUAUCCCCAGGAACAAGAAAGUUGGAGCUAUUCGGAAGAGUUCAUAAUUUGCAACCUAAUUGGGUAACCCUUGGCAACCAGCUCGACGGAGUGCAUCUAGCCGAGUAUGAUGUCAUAGACAAAUUUAAGAAGAAAUAUCCUGAUGGGAAAGUUACAAAAUGUGAAUAAUAUUGCGCGUGUUUAUUAAAAGCAGUUAUUAAAGCAGCGAUAAAUUAAAUAUAUGAUGUCUAUG